AUGGCAACUAUCGUCCAGUCUCAAAAACUCAAUCUUCACGAUGUCGCCAUCGUCCAAGCGCUCGUCUACACUUCCGAAUCAAAUUGUGCCGAGUUGAGAAGAACUUUCCAGUUAGAUUUGGCCGCUGGAUACAAUGAGGUUAAGAUUCAGAAUCUUCCAUUCGACUUGGUCCAAGACUCGAUUCGUGUCUCUGGAGCAGGAGAAGCUGUGAUUCAUGACGUUUCCGUCAAGAAUCAAGAAGGAGCUGACUUCGUUAUUCCGGAGAGAGUUUUGGCGAUCAAGGAGAUUUUCGAGGAGAAGGAGAGAGCAAAGGACAAGAUCAAUGAUAGCAGAACAGCUGUACAGAAGAGAAUCGAAGGAUUGGAUAAUCUGAUCACUGAAAUCGCGAAGCAUGGAAAAGACGGAAGUUUCCAUUUCGAUGGACGAACAAUCGAAAGUUUGAAUGCUCUUCAUGAUUAUCAUCAGGAGAAAACAGUGACUCUUCGUGCACAAAUUAGAACUCUCGAUCAAGAAUUCAGAAGAGCCGAAGAGGAGUUCCAUCGGGCCAGCCAAGAUUAUGACAAUACCGGAUACAGAUGGAGAAACUCAGCACAAUACGCCAGUAUUGUUGUAGAAUCAGAAGGAGGAUCAGUUGAAUUGACUAUUACUUAUCAAGUGAACAAUGUCGCAUGGUUCCCAUUCUACGAUAUCCGUGUCACUUCUGGAGAGGCCGCUGAAAUGCACAUAACUUAUUUCGGAAAGGUCCGUCAAUUCAGUGGAGAAGACUGGAAGAAUGUCCCAAUUGUUUUGUCAACUGCCAAGCCAGCUCAUGGUGUCAAGACUCUUCCAAAACUUGGAGCACUCGAGGCAUCGAUUGUUGUGCCGGAGCCAGAACACCAAAUGCGCGGUGGAUACAGUGGAAUGCAGAUGAUGGAGUGCGCAUCAUACGACGCUGCUCCCCAAAUGUUAGGAAGAGCCAUGUUCAAGACUGCUUCAGCCACAGUGAAAUCGAGUAACAUUGCCUCUGAAUUCAGCAUCGGACGCCCAGCAACAAUUGAUGACCGUACCGAAGAAUACAAAGUGAAUAUCGGUCAAUUCACUCUUCCAACCAAGCUUUCCAAUGUCACUGUUCCAUCAAGAAAUGCCGCCGCUUUCCUCGUUGCCAACUCUGUCAAUUCUUCUGAUUAUCCACUUGUAGCUGGACAAGCGUCUAUCUUCCUCGAUGGAGCUUUCGUCAAUAAAGGAGAAUUUGAAGAUGCAGUUGUAUCUCAGAAAUUUGAAGUCUCGUUGGGAGUCGAUCCAAACAUUCGUGUUGAUUACAAACCAGUGAGAAACUAUCAAGAACAAAGCGGAACUGUUGAGAAGAUCAACUCACAAGUCACCGAGAAAACAACUUCCGUUACUAAUCUCCGUCCAAAUACUGUUCUUCUCACUAUUCGUGAACAACUUCCAAGAUCUACUGAUUCCAGAAUUAAGGUGCGCCUCGAGUCUCCAGAAGCAAAGGAAGUCGCUGAAUCUAGCCCAGAGCCAGCUGUUGGAGCUGAAAUUACUCCAGAAAAGAUUCUCGAUUACACUGUUGAAUUGGCACCAGGACAGUCGGGAUCUUUCACUGUCAGAUACGUCACCGAGCAUCCACAAGCUGAACAAAUCAGCUACGAAGAGAAGUUCUAA